ACAUAGCGACGGUGUUGGUUCUGUGGUAUGGUGGUGUUUGCGACGAGUGACGAUCUAAGCAUUGGAGAACGAGCAGUGCCCCAACUGACGAGAAGCUGAGGCACACAUUUCUCGAGAGCAAGUUCAAGACAAGAGUUCUUCUUUGGGAACCUCAGACAAGUCGUGAGAUGUCGGCCCAAGAGCAGAUGCGAGCAAUGCUCGACGAGCUCAUGGGCACAGCUAGAGACGGAGAUCCAGACAAGGCGAAAACGCAUUUCUCCGACCGGAAAGUCUGCAAGAGUUUCCUCCUGAAGUGCUGCCCUCACGACAUUUUGGCUGCAACGCGCAUGGAUAUCGGACAGUGCGCCGGAAUUCAUGAUCUCGCGCUCCGAGCAGACUACGAGAUCGCUUCCAAGGAGAGGGACUACUACUACGAUGUCGACGCUCUGGAGCAACUCGAGCAGUUCGUCAGAGAAUGCGAUAGACGGACAGAACAUUCGAAGAAGAAACUGCUGGAAACUCAAGAAGAAUUGAGUGCUGAGGCCACCAUGAAACUGAACAGAAUCAACGAGCUGGCUGAAGAGAUAGGCAAAAAAUUGGCUGACGCUGAGGCCAAGGGUGCCGAAGGUCUGAUCGAUGAGAGCAUGGCCAUAAUGGAAGAGGUCGAGAAAGCAAAGAAAAGGAAGCUCGAAGCCGAAUUGCACUACAGGAAUUCGAUGCCGGCAAGCAGCUACCAACAGCAGAAGCUCCGAGUUUGCGAGGUGUGCGCAGCCUAUCUCGGCAUCUACGACAAUGACCGUCGACUGGCGGAUCACUUCGGGGGCAAACUCCACCUCGUCAUAGAAAUUCGUGAGAAACUCGACGAGCUCCGUAAAGCCGUUGACGAUCAUCGAAAACUAGGAAAAGCAAAUCGAGAGAGACAAGAACGCAAAGAGGAGGACUCUCGCAGGGACAGCCGGGACAACCGAGAUCGUGCGAGGGACAAUCAUCGCGAUCGAGACCGACAUCGUCGUAAGAGAUCGCGCAGCAGAUCCCGAUCCAGAGACCGUGAGUACCGGAAUCGAAGGAACAAGAGAGACCGUUCUAGAGACCGACACCAUCACAGGAGGUAGAAACUCAUCUCCAGAUGGAUCUGUUCAUGAGUCAUUGUCCUAUGAAAUCGAUCUGAUCGCCUCUUGAUUAAUUCGAUCGCUACUGUUGUGAAAGCGUAUUAUUUUCCCGGAACUUAUUUUUGUGACCAGUCUCCAAAACCUGGCGAAUCCACCAUGAAGCUACUAAACUAUUUCCUGUGACGGUAUCGCGAAAGACCGAGUCGUUUCCUGGCUCGAUUCUUCAGUGUUUACUGUCAGCUUACCCUCCCAUGAGCAUUUUCAUCAUCAAUAUCAUCGAACUUGGCCGAUGCAAGCAUAGACAAGCUUAUAGCUCUGGUCAUAUAGUAAGAAAGCAUAAAAAUAAACAAAACCGAGGAUGCAGAAAAAUCAAGGAAACA